GUGAUCGGCGCUAUACUCUCGUCUCUGUGUCUCCUCACUUUGGGUUUCACAAAGGAGAUAGUAGGAUACUUCGUUCCCGACGAAAAGGUGGCGCAAACCUUCACAAUAUCCGCCGCCGUGCUGUCGAUAUAUGCGGUUGAUUUUUUUUAUCAAUAGGUAGUAGAAUGUCAGCCAUUGGCCAUGGAAUUGCCUAUGCGACUGGCGCUAUUGAUUUGCCCUCGCUCCUCGGAACAUCCCUAGGCGAUACUCAGUUCAAACAGCUGACUGUCAUUGCCGCGUUGGGUCUUGUCUUGACGUGUGGGAUUACCGCCUGGGCCGUAACAGAGAGGAUUUUGAUCGCCCCGAGACAUGAUCCUCGUAGAGACGACGGAGGUUUUAAGGUUGUCAGUCAAAUCUGGUCGACUAUUGUGAAUCUGCCGCCUCGCAUACGAGCGAUCUGUAUGGCGCAGUUUUGGGCCUGGAUCGGAUGGUUCCCUUUUCUCUUCUACAGUACAACGUGGAUAGGCGAGACCUACUUUCGGUACGAUGCGCUUCAUGACGCAAAAGACUCGGGGGAUGCGCUCGGGGAAAUAGGUAGAGUUGGAAGCGAGGCCUUUAUCAUCUAUUCCGUCAUCACCUUUUUCGGGUCGUGGAUUCUGCCAAUGGUCAUUAGAUCACCAGAUGACGAGAGUUAUACCCGGCGCCCUCCCCAGAGUCUUCGGGGUGUCAUGGAGAGAUUCAAUAAGUAUAAGCCAGACCUUCUGACCGCGUGGAUGUGCGCCCAUGCAACCUUUGCGGGAGCAAUGCUCUUCGCACCAUUUGCCCAUAGCUUUAGGUUUGCGACUUUCCUCGUUUGCCUAUGCGGAUUACCUUGGAAUAUAGCAUCAUGGGCGCCUUCGGCAUUCCUCGGAGUCGAAGUUAAUAAGCUUAGUGGCGCAACUGGGUCUAACUCAUCGUACCGUCGUCUGUCGCACGACUCAAACAUAGAGUUAGAAGACUUGAAUGAUCCAGCUAGCCCUUCCGUUCUCGAUCCAGAGGGUCUGCACGCCGCGUCGAAGUCGGGCUCGUCCGGCCAGUUAUCCGGUGUUUAUUUCGGUAUCCUGAACAUCUAUACGACGAUCCCACAAUUCAUCGGCACAAUUCUCAGCACUAUCAUCUUCAGUAUUCUUGAACCAGGCAAGAGCCCCGAGCUGGCGCAUAACGCACAUCCAGAUGAGCACCACAGUACCGAUGGGCCAAAUGCUAUUUCCGUUUGUUUGUUCAUUGGGGCCUGCAGUGCAAUGGUGGCCGUAUUCGCCACUAGAAAACUGAAAUAUUUGUAGUAUUGAGUGUUUUACUGCUAGGCUGCUAGAGAAGAUAUGCGGGCGCCGGGGAAUAAAAUUACAAUCGUAUUAGAAUUUAGAAUUCAUAAUGGCCAAGGCGUGUGUUGUAAACUGAGGUAGGCAUAGGCAAGGCGUUCGGGAAGCUUCAAGGCCCAAGGUAUGGCCACCGAUAUAGAAUUGAUUUGGAUUUUGGGUAUCGCCAUUCGCCAUAAGAAUAUUCACUACAAGAUGUCUAUGAGGAUGUGUGUUAAAGACAUGUAAUAAUACUUGGUAGGUAGACUAAAUGAAUCAUUUCGAGGCGAGCUUUCUAAUGUGUUUUAUUAGUAGGUAGUUUAGGUACCUUAGUACGUACAAAACGUUUAAAUAUAAAUAGUUCCC